GAAACAUUUAGGGGCCUCCAAAGAGCACUGGCAUUACUUACCAUGCCGGCCGAGUGGAAGUGAGGUUCCCUGCCUCUCCCUGCCCGGGACGCAGAGCCUGCCGGCAGCCGGCCUGGAGCUGUAUCCCACCAGGGUUCGUUCUGCACUCCCCUCCACAGAGCUGCUGGGGCUUGUGUGGGAGCACAUCUGUUGCUAUGCAGGGACAAGCCUAAUUCAGCAAAAGCUGCUGGAGCAGCAAAGUUGGAAUAUACUUUGCCAAGAAGUAUUUUGCUGUUGUUUUCUUUUUCCUCUUUUUUGUGGAGAGAUUUUAUGUCUGCUCACAUGCUUUGGUAUGAGGAAGUGGAAGAUGAUUAUGAACGGGAAGAUGUUCAAAAGAAAACAUUCACAAAAUGGAUAAAUGCACAGUUUGCUAAGUUUGGAAGACGUUACAUUGAAGAUCUUUUUAAUGAUUUUCGCGAUGGACGAAGAAUUCUGGAGCUCCUGGAAUGCCUUACAGGCAAAAAAAUUGCAAAAGAAAAGGGUUCCACAAGAGUUCAUGCUCUGAACAAUGUCAACAAAGCACUGCAGGUUUUGCGGAGAAAUAACGUGGAUUUGGUAAAUAUUGGGAGCUCAGACAUUGUGGAUGGAAAUCAUAAGCUGACCCUUGGUUUGAUCUGGAAUAUAAUCCUCCACUGGCAGGUCAAAGAUGUAAUGAAAAACAUCAUGGCUGGACUGCAGCAGACAAACAGUGAGAAGAUUUUGCUGAGCUGGGUCCGCCAAUCAACUCGUAAUUACCCACAGGUCAAUGUUAUCAAUUUCACCAGUAGCUGGUCUGAUGGAUUGGCUUUCAAUGCACUCCUUCACAGUCACAGACCAGACCUAUUUGAUUGGAAUGCUGUUGCUUCUCAGCAGUCACCUGUACAACGAUUAGACCAUGCAUUCAACAUAGCCAGGCAACACCUGGGCAUAGAAAAACUCCUUGAUCCUGAAGAUGUUGCAACUGCCUGUCCAGAUAAGAAGUCCAUCAUAAUGUACGUGACUUCCCUCUUCCAAGUUCUGCCCCAGCAAGUCACUAUGGAAGCCAUCAGGGAGGUGGAGAUGUUGCCACGACACUCACGGGUCACUAGGGAAGAGCGCAUAGAAGUACACCAUCAACAGCAUUUUUCACAAGAAAUCACAGUCAGUAUACCCCAGGCACCCUCACCUUCUCCUAAACCGCGAUUCAAAAGUUAUGCAUAUACACAAGCUGUGUAUGUCUCAUCCCCUGACCAAAAAAGGAGGCAGGUUCCUCCACAGUUUUUAGAAACUGUCAAAGAAAAGACAUUUAGCACUGUGCGGAUGGGGUCUGAAAUGGAUCUUGAAAACUACCAAACUGCUUUAGAAGAAGUGCUCACAUGGCUUCUGUCUGCUGAAGAUGCAUUACAAGCACAAGGAGAUAUAUCUAACGAUGUAGAAGUUGUUAAAGAACAAUUUCACACCCAUGAGGGUUUUAUGAUGGAAUUAACAGCUCAUCAAGGACGUGUUGGCAAUGUUUUGCAAGUUGGAAGUCAACUUCUAUCGAUAGGGAAACUUUCAGAUGAUGAAGAGAAUGAAAUCCAAGAGCAAAUGAAUCUACUUAAUUCUCGAUGGGAAAGUCUCAGGGUAGCAAGUAUGGAAAAGCAAAGCAAUUUACAUAAAAUGCUAAUGGAUCUGCAGAAUCAGCAGCUAGCCCAGUUAGCUGACUGGCUGACAAAAACAGAGGAGAGGACAAGGAAAAUUGAUUUGGAGCCAUUAGGUCCAGAUCUAGAGGACCUAAAACAUCAAAUAGAGGAGCAUAAGGCAUUUCAAGAAGAUUUAGAACAGGAACAAGUCAAGGUGAAUUCUCUAACUCAUAUGGUAGUGGUGGUGGAUGAAAACAGUGGAGACAGAGCUACUGCAGCACUGGAAGAGCAGCUUCAGCACUUUGGAAAACGGUGGGCAGCCAUCUGCAGAUGGACAGAAGACCGAUGGGUCCUUCUGCAAGAUAUUCUUCGCAAAUGGCAGCACUUUGCAGAAGAACAGUGCCUUUUUGAUGCAUGGCUUACUGAGAAGGAGGAUGCUGUGAGCAAAAUUCAGACAACUGGUUUUAAAGAUCAAAAUGAAAUGCUGACCAAUCUACACAAAAUAGCUAUCCUAAAAGGAGAUCUAGAAAUGAAAAGACAAAUGAUGGGCAAGCUGAAGUCACUCAGCCAAGACCUCCUGGUAGCUGUGAAAAAUAAAGCAGUGGCUCAAAAGCUUGAAAGUCGUCUUGAAAAUUUUGCCCAGCGUUGGGAUAGCCUUGUGCAAAAGGUGGAGAGUAAUUCUGAACAGAUUUCGCAGGCUGUCAGUACCACUCAGACAUCAGUAACACAGACAACCGUAAUGGAAACAGUAACUAUGGUGACCACAAGAGAACAAAUCCUGGUUAAGCAUGCUAAAGAGGAGCUCCCACCACCUCCACCUCACAAAAAGAGGCAACUCCUUGUGGAUUCAGAAAUUAGGAAGAGGUUUGACUCGGAUACAACAGAGCUCCAUAGUUGGAUGACCCGUUCAGAAGCAGUGCUUCAGAGUCCUGAGUUUGCAAUAUAUCGGAAGGAAGGCAAUCUCUCAGAUCUCAGAGAAAGAGUCAAUGCCAUCCAGCGAGAAAAGCCUGAGAAAUACAGAAAACUGCAAGAUGCCAGCAGAUCAGCUGAGGCCCUGGUGGAACAGAUGGUGAAUGAGGGUCUGAAUCCUGACAACAUUAGGCAAGCCUCAGAGCAGCUGAAGAGCCGCUGGAUUGAGUUCUGUCAGUUGCUGAGUGAAAGACUGGCAUGGCUGGAGUACCAAAAUAACAUAAUUGACUUCUACUCCCAGCUGCAGCAACUGGAGCAGACAGCAAUUACUGCAGAAAACUGGCUGAAAGCAGAACCCACACCAGCAACAGAUCCUACUACAGUAAAAGUUCAGUUGGAAAAAUGCAAGGACGAAAUCAUCCGAAUGUCAACCCUUCAGCCUCAAAUUGAACGGCUAAAAGCUCAAAGUCAAGCACUCAAAGAGAAAGAACAAAGGCCAGUGUUUCUGGAUGCUGACCUUGCUGCUUUUACCAGCCAUUUCAAACAAAUACUUGCUGACAUGCAGGCCAGAGAAAAGCAGCUGCAGACCAUUUUUGACAGUUUGCCUCCAGCGCAGUACAAGGAGACAAUGAGCACUAUACUUAUGUGGAUCCAGCAGUCAGAAACCAAACUCUCCAUGCCUCAGGUUGUAGUUGCUGAAUAUGAAAUCAUGGAGCAGAGACUCAGGGAGCUCAAGGCUCUACAAAGUUCUCUGCAAGAGCAGCAAAAAGGCCUGAACUAUCUCAGCACAACUGUGGAAGACUUGUCCAGGAAAGCUCCUCUGGAAGUCAGCCAAAGAUAUCGAUCAGAGACUGAGGUGAUCCUUGGCCGCUGGAAGAAAUUAUCAGCAGAGCUGGUAGAACAUUGCCAGAAACUUGAGGAUCUUAUGACCAAAUUCCAGCGAUUCCAGAAUGACACUAAAACACUGAAGAAGUGGAUGGCUGAAGUGGAUGUUUUUCUGAAGGAAGAGUGGCCUGCACUAGGUGAUUCAGAAGCACUGGAAAAGCAACUUGAGCAAUGUACAGCUUUAGUAAAUGACAUCCAGACAAUCCAGCCCAGUCUGAAUAGUGUUAAUGAGGUUGGGAAGAAGAUGAAGAGUGAAGCAGAGCCAGAAUUUGCUUCCAGAAUAGAGACAAAACUAAAGGAUCUCAAUGUGCAAUGGGAACACAUUUGCCAACAGGCCUAUGCUAAGAAGGCAGCAUUAAAAGGUGGUUUGGACAAGACUGUGAGUCUCAGAAAAGAUUUGUCAGAGAUGCAUGAAUGGAUAACCCAAGCUGAGGAAGAAUACCUGGAAAGAGAUUUUGAGUAUAAGACACCUGAUGAAUUACAGAAAGCUGUUGAGGAACUGAAGAGAGCAAAGGAGGAAGCCAUGCAGAAAGAAGUGAAAGUGAAGCUUAUUACUGAUUCUGUGAACAAUUUUAUAACAAAGGCUCCACCUGCAGCUCAUGACGCUCUGAAAAAGGAGCUUGAUGUUUUAAUCACCAGCUACCAGCGACUUCGCAGCAGACUGAAUGGAAAGUGCAAAACUUUGGAGGAGGUAUGGGCAUGUUGGUGUGAAUUAUUGUCCUAUUUGGAUGCAGAAAAUAAAUGGUUGAAUGAGAUUGAACUAAAACUCAAGGCAACUGAAAAUAUCCAGGGAGGUGCAGAAGAAAUUUCUGAGUCUCUAGAUUCUUUGGAACGUUUAAUGAGACAUCCAGAAGACAAUCGCAAUCAGAUUCGGGAACUGGCGCAGACUUUAACUGAUGGUGGAAUCUUGGAUGAAUUGAUCAAUGAGAAGCUUGAGAAGUUCAAUACUCAAUGGGAAGAAAUUCAGCAGGAGGCUGUGAGAAGACAAAAGAGUCUUGAACAGAGUAUUCAGUCUGCCCAGGAGACUGACAAAACCCUCCGCUUAAUCCAAGAGUCUCUUGCUGUUGUUGACAAGCAGCUAACAGCCUACAUUGCAGACAGAGUUGAUGCAGCACAGGUCCCUCAGGAAGCACAGAAAAUACAAUCUGAAUUAACGAGUCAUGAGAUUAAUUUGGAAGAGAUGAAGAAACAAAACCGAGGUAAAGAUGCUGGCAGAAGAGUGCUUUCCCAAAUUGAUGUGGCACAGAAAAAGCUGCAGGAUGUCUCCAUGAAGUUCCGCUUGUUUCAGAAGCCAGCCAACUUUGAACAGCGCUUACAAGAAUGUAAAAGAAUUUUAGAUGAGGUGAAAUUGCAGGUGCCCAGAUUGGAAAUGAAGAGUGUUGAGCAGGAAGUGGUACAAUCACAGUUGGAUCAUUGCAUGAAAUUAUAUAAAAGCCUGAGUGAAGUGAAGUCUGAAGUGGAAACGGUUAUAAAAACCGGGAGGCAGAUUGUUCAAAAGCAACAGACAGAGAACCCAAAAGAACUGGAUGAAAGGCUUACAGCUUUGAAGUUGCAAUAUAAUGAAUUGGGUGCAAAGGUGACAGAAAAAAAGCAAGAGUUAGAGAAAUGCUUGAAAUUGUCCCGGAAGCUACGAAAAGAAAUUAAUGCUAUGACAGAAUGGCUUGCAGCGACAGAUGUGGAACUGACAAAGAGAUCAGCUGUGCAGGGGAUGCCUAGCAAUUUGGAUGCUGAAAUUGCCUGGGGCAAGGCAACACGGAAGGAGAUUGAGAAACGCCAGGUCCAUCUUAAGAGCAUCAGUGAUUUAGGAGAGAAUUUGAAGACAGUGCUGAAAGGAAAAGAAAGUCUAGUGGAGGAUAAACUCACCCUCCUGAACAGUAAUUGGAUAGCAGUAACUUCACGUGCUGAGGAAUGGUUCAAUCUGUUACUGGAAUAUCAAAAGCACAUGGAAGCUUUUGAUCAGAAUGUAGCUAAUGUCACAACUUGGAUGUAUCGUGCUGAAAUACUGUUGGAUGAAUCUGAUAAACAAAAGUCCCAGCAAAAAGAGGAAAUUCUUAAGCGCUUAAAGGCUGAGCUGAAUGAUAUGCAUCCAAAGGUGGACUCUGUGCGUGACCAGGCAGUAGACUUGAUGACAAACCAUGGAGAUCACUGCAGGAAAAUAAUAGAGCCUAAACUGUCAGACUUCAACCAGCGAUUUGCAACUAUAUCACAAAGAAUUAAGAGUGGAAAGCCCUUCAUUCCUUUGAAGGAAUUGGAGCAAUUUGACUUCGAUAUACAAAAAAUGCUUGAACCACUGGAGGUUGAAAUUCAGCGGGGGGUGAAUCUGAUAGAGGAGGACUUCAAUAAAGAUAUGAGUCGAGAUGAUGAGAGCACAGUGAAAGAAUUGCUGCAAAGGGGCGACACACUUCAAAAGAGAAUCACAGAUGAGAGAAAACGGGAGGAAAUAAAGAGAAAACAACAGCUGUUGCAGACUAAACAUAAUGCUCUCAAGGACUUGAGAUCUCAAAGAAGAAAAAAGGCUUUAGAGAUUUCCCAUCAAUGGUAUCAGUACAAGAGGCAGGCUGAUGACCUAAUGACAUGGUUGGAUGACAUUGAGAAAAAGUUAGCCAGUCUACCAGACCGCAAAGAUGAGCAGAAGCUAAAGGAGAUUGAUGGAGAGUUGGAGAAGAAGAAGGAAGAUCUGAAUGCGGUGCACAGACAGGCUGAACGCUUGUCUAAGGAUGGGGCUGCAAAAGCAGUGGAGCCAACCCUGAUACAGCUCAGCAAGCGCUGGCAAGAUUUUGAGAGCAAAUUUGCUCAAUUUCGAAGACUCAACUAUGCACAAAUUCAAACAGUUCAUGAAGAUACAGCUUUUGUGGUGACUGAAACUGUGACUGUGGAAACCACUCAUGUGCCUUCUACAUACCUGGCAGAGAUCCUUCACCUUCUGCAAGCCUUGUCUGAAGUAGAAGAGCGCCUUAAUACUCCUGUUCUGCAGGCUAAGGAUUGUGAGGAUCUCCUCAAACAAGAAGAGUGUCUCAAGAACAUUAAAGAUAACCUGGGAAGACUGCUGGGUCAGAGAGAUGCUAUUCACAGCAAGAAGAUACUGGCUUUGCGAAGUGCUACACCAACAGAAACGGCAAAUAUACAAGAAAAGCUGACUCAGCUUAAUUUCCAAUGGGAGAAAGUUAAUAAGAUGUACAGGGACCGACAAGCACGUUUUGACAAAUCUUUGGAAAAGUGGCAGCUUUUUCAUUGUGACAUGAAGAGCUUUAAUAAUUGGCUAACUGAAACUGAAGAGAAGCUGUCAAGAGCACAGAUAGAGGCUGGAGAUGUGGGUCAUGUGAAAACCAAGCAAUUUCUUCAGGAGCUUCAGGAUGGCAUUGGGCAGCAGCAAACUGUUGUCAAAACACUGAAUGUAACUGGUGAAGAGAUUAUCGAGCAGUCCUCAGCAGCAGAUGCCAAGGUGCUGAAGGAACAACUGGGACGUUUAAAUAGCCGGUGGCAGGAGAUCUGCAAACAGCUGGUAGAGAAAAAGAAGAGGCUAGAGGAAGAAAAGAACACUUUAUCAGAAUUUCAAGAAGACUUAAACAAGUUGGUUUUAUGGUUAGAGGAAGCAGACAGCAUUAUUGCUAUUCCGCUUGAAUGUGGGAAUGAAGACCAGUUAAGAGACUGCCUUAGCAAAGUGAAGUUAAGAAUUGAAAAGCUGCCGCCACACAAGGGAAUACUGAAGCGAUUAAAUGAAACUGGAGGAAUAGCACUUGGAAGUGCAUCACUGAACCCAGACAAAAAACAUGAGCUUGAGAGUACACUGAAGGAAGCUAACCAUCGCUUGUUAAAGGUGUCGAAAGAUCUUCCAGAGAAACAAAAAGAAAUAGAGCUUCUGCUAAAGGAUUUCAUCGAACUUGAUCAACAAUUAAAUCAGGUGAUACUGUGGGUAACACCUGUCAAGAACCAGCUGGAGCUUUAUAACAAAGUGGGUCAGCCAGGAGCUUUUGAUAUUAAGGAAACUGAAGCAGCAGUGCAAGCUAAACAGCCGAAUGUGGAAGAAGUUUUGUCUAAAGGGUGUAAUUUAUAUAAGGAAAAACCAGCCACUCAUCCAGUAAAGAAAAAAUUAGAAAACUUGGAUGCUGACUGGAAGGCAAUAAACCAUUUAAUUCAACAACUGAAGGAAAAGCCAGCACUAGGAGCAUUCGGCCUUUUCUCUUCAGGUGUCUUAACUUCUGGUGAAGCUGUUGCUGUGGAUACACAAACCAGGGUAACCAAGGAAACCACCACCUUCAAACCAGAAAUGCCAUCUUCUGUGCUUUUGGAGGUUCCAGCCUUGGCUGACUUCAAUAAGGCAUGGGCAGAACUCACUGACUGGCUUUCUCGACUGGACCGAGAGAUAAAAUCUCAGAGAGUCAUAGUAGGUGACCUUGAUGAUAUCAACAACAUGAUCAUCAAACAAAAGGCAAUACUACAGGAUCUGGAACAAAGACGUCCCCAGCUGGAUGAAUUAAUAACUGCUGCACAAAAUCUAAAAAACAAGACCAGCAAUCAAGAGGCCAGAACAAUUAUUACUGACCGCAUUGAAAAGAUACAGACCCAGUGGGAUGAAGUGCACGGACACCUCCAAAGCCGGAGACAGCAGCUUCAUGAGAUGUUAAAGGAUUCAACUCAGUGGCUAGAAGCUAAACAAGAAGCUGAGCAGGUUCUUGAACAAGCAAAAGCUAAGCUUGAGUCAUGGAAAGAAAUUUCCUACACCGUGGAAGCUCUGAAAAAGCAGAACACCGAGCUUAAGCAAUUUUCAAAAGAAAUACGACAAUGGCAAAUUAAUGUAGAUGUGGCAAAUGACAUGGCACUUAAGCUGCUCCGCGAUUAUUCAGCAGAUGACACCAGAAAAGUAGAACUGAUGACAGAUAACAUUAAUGCAACAUGGGCUGCCCUUAAUAAGAGGGUUUGUGAGCGUGAAGCUGCACUGGAAUCAGCCCUAAGAAUGUUGCAGCAAUUCUACCUGGAUCUUGAAAAGUUCCUUGCUUGGCUUACAGAAGCUGAAACAACUGCAAAUGUCCUGCAGGAUGCUACACACAAAGAGAAGAUAUUAGAGGAUGCCAAAACGGUUCGGGAGCUCAUGAAACAGUGGCAGGAACUACAGGCAGAAAUCGAUGCUCAUACUGACGUAUUCCACAGCCUGGAUGAAAAUGGGCAGAAAAUCCUGAAAUCCCUGGAAGGCACUGAGGAUGCAGCCCUAUUGCAGAGACGUCUGGAUAACAUGAACCUCAGAUGGAGUGAGCUUAGGAAGAAAUCUCUAAAUAUUAGAUCCCAUUUGGAAGCCAGUACAGACCAGUGGAAGCGUUUACAUCUCUCUCUUCAGGAACUUUUGGCGUGGCUGCAAUUGAAGGAAGAUGAAUUGAAACAGCAAGCACCCAUUGGUGGAGAUCUUCCCACCGUGCAGAAACAGAAUGAUAUUCAUAGGACUUUCAAGAGGGAGCUGAAAACAAAAGAACCUGUUAUCAGGAGUGCACUUGAGACUGUGAGAAUCUUCUUAGCAGAGCAGCCUGUGGAGGGACUGGAGAAGCUCUACCCAGAACCAAGAGAGCUGUCACCUGAGGAAAGGGCCCAAAAUGUCACUAAACUUCUCCAAAGACAAGUAGAUGAGGUCAAAACUGAAUGGGACAAGCUGAAUCUGCAGUCUGCUGAUUGGCAAAAGAAGAUAGAUGAUGCUCUUGAAAGACUGCAAGGCCUUCAAGAAGCUAUGGAUGAACUGGACUUGAAACUACGUCAGGCUGAAGUGUUCAAGGCAUCCUGGCAGCCUGUGGGGGAUCUGCUAAUUGACUCUCUGCAGGAUCACUUAGAAAAAGUCAAGGUUUAUCGAGCAGAACUUGUACCCCUUAAAGAAAAGGUGCAUCAAGUCAAUGAGCUUGCUCACCGGUUCACUCCCUCUGAUAUUCAGCUCUCCCAGUACAAUCUCAGCUGCGUGGAAGACCUUAACACAAGGUGGAAGGUGCUACAGGUGGCCAUUGAUGAGCGCAUCAGGCAACUGCAUGAAGCUCACAGGGAUUUUGGCCCUACUUCACAGCAUUUUCUCACCACUUCUGUCCAAGGCCCCUGGGAGAGAGCAAUCUCACCAAACAAAGUGCCGUAUUAUAUCAACCAUGAGACGCAAACAACCUGCUGGGAUCAUCCCAAGAUGACUGAGCUUUACCAGUCUUUAGCUGACCUGAACAAUGUCAGGUUCUCAGCAUACAGGACUGCCAUGAAACUCCGCAGACUGCAAAAAGCUCUCUGCUUGGAUCUCCUGAGUCUGUCUGCUGCAUGUGAUGCCUUGGACCAGCACAACCUCAAACAAAACGACCAGCCGAUGGAUAUUCUGCAGAUCAUUAACUGCUUGACCACCAUUUAUGAUCGACUGGAACAAGAGCACAAUAAUCUGGUCAAUGUUCCUCUCUGCGUGGACAUGUGCCUGAACUGGCUGCUGAAUGUCUACGACACGGGUCGAACAGGAAGGAUCCGUGUCUUAUCUUUCAAAACUGGUGUUGUAUCCCUUUGUAAAGCACACCUGGAAGAUAAAUAUAGAUAUCUGUUCAAGCAAGUGGCAAGCUCCACUGGCUUCUGUGACCAGCGCCGGCUGGGGCUCCUGCUGCACGACUCCAUCCAGAUCCCUCGGCAGCUGGGGGAAGUGGCCUCCUUUGGGGGCAGCAAUAUCGAGCCAAGCGUCAGAAGCUGCUUCCAGUUUGCCAACAACAAACCAGAGAUUGAAGCAGCCCUGUUCCUGGACUGGAUGAGGCUGGAACCACAGUCCAUGGUGUGGCUGCCUGUCUUGCACAGGGUGGCUGCUGCUGAGACUGCCAAACACCAAGCCAAGUGCAACAUCUGCAAGGAGUGCCCAAUUAUUGGAUUCAGGUACAGAAGUUUAAAGCACUUUAACUAUGACAUCUGCCAAAGUUGCUUCUUCUCUGGCCGUGUUGCAAAAGGUCACAAAAUGCACUAUCCCAUGGUGGAGUACUGCACACCAACAACUUCAGGAGAAGACGUCCGUGACUUUGCCAAGGUACUAAAAAACAAAUUUCGAACAAAAAGAUACUUUGCAAAGCACCCACGAAUGGGCUACCUGCCUGUGCAGACUGUCUUGGAGGGAGACAACAUGGAAACUCCUGUUACUCUGAUCAACUUCUGGCCAGUAGAUUCUGCGCUAGCAGAAAUGGAGAACACCAAUGGUUCUUAUCUGAAUGACAGUAUUUCACCUAACGAGAGCAUCGAUGAUGAGCACUUGUUAAUCCAGCAUUACUGCCAAAGUCUGAACCAGGAGUCCCCUCUGAGCCAGCCCCGAAGCCCUGCCCAGAUCCUGAUUUCUCUGGAGAGUGAGGAAAGGGGAGAACUGGAGAGAAUACUUGCAGACCUCGAGGAGGAAAACAGAAACUUGCAAGCAGAGUAUGACCGUUUGAAGCAACAGCAUGACCACAAAGGACUGUCUCCACUGCCGUCUCCACCAGAGAUGAUGCCAGUUUCUCCGCAAAGCCCCCGGGAUGCUGAACUUAUUGCAGAAGCGAAGCUGCUUCGCCAGCACAAGGGCCGCCUGGAGGCCAGGAUGCAGAUUCUGGAGGAUCACAACAAGCAGCUGGAGUCACAGCUGCACAGGCUGAGGCAGCUGCUGGAGCAUCCACAGGCGGAUGCCAAAGUGAACGGUACAACGCUAUCAUCUCCUUCUACCUCUUUGCAGAGGUCAGACAGCAGUCAGCCAAUGCUUCUUCGUGUAGUUGGCAGCCAGACUUCAGAAACCAUGGGUGAGGAUGAGCUGCUCAGUCCUCCCCAGGACACAAGCACAGGUUUGGAGGAAGUGAUGGAGCAGCUAAACAACUCCUUCCCCAGCUCCAGAGGAAGAAAUGCCCCUGGAAAGCCAGUGAGAGAGGCCACAAUGUAGGGAGCCUUUUCCACAUGGCAGACGACUUGGGAAGAGCAAUGGAAACCUUAGUGACAGUGAUGACCGACGACAAGGUGUUAGAAUAGCCAGAUGUGUUUUACAACUUCAGGCGUCCCGCAUGGUUUUUAUAAUAUUCAUACUACAAAGAGGAUUAGACUGUAAGAGUUUACAAGAAACAAAAAAAUCUAUAUUUUUGUGAAGGGUAGUGGUACUAUACUGUAGAUUUCAGUAGUUUCCUAAGUCUGUUAAUGUUUUGUUAACAAUGGCAGGUUUUACACGUCUAUGCAAUUGUACAAAAAUUAUAAGAAAACUACAUGUAAAAUCUUGAUAGCUAAAUAACUUGCCAUUUCUUUAUAUGGAACGCAUUUCGGGUUGUUUAAAAAAAAAAUUUAUAACAGUUAUAAUGAAAGAUUGUAAACUAAAGUGUGCUUUAUAAAAAUAAUUGUUUCUAGAAACCCCCUUAAAAAAAAAAAAACAAAAAAAAAAUUCUGAGGCAGUGCAUUUGUUUAGUAUCAUUUCAGCUCUGUAACUGCAUCAGAGAGAUUCAUGUUUUGUGUUCUUUUCCUUGCCUAUCAAAAAGAAAGACAAGUAUUUCCUGCAGUGACACCAAAACAGCCAACUUACGUAUCUCAUUGGUUUUGUCUGAGUAGGGCUGGCUUAGAAAAAAAAUCUGAACUUCCAAUGAAAGUAGUUAUGUCACCUGUUUCCGAUAAAAUUAAGAAUCACAUGAAUCACACACUAGUUUGCAAUAAUUAAAUGAAAGAGCACAUUUCAUGACAGCCUGCAAAAAAUUCAUGGGGAAAAAAAAAAAAUAAAAACAGAACAUAAGAAAGAGGGAAAAGAGAUAGUUUAGUGACCAUCUUAUGCACCGGUGUUUCCUCUGGUGACUAAAUUCCUAAAUGCUAUUAGUAAAGGAACAAAGAAAUUGCCUUACUAUAUUCAACCGUUGGACCUAUACCUGUCCGGUACCCCGCUGGCCGUGGCCGGCAGCCAGGGCUUCAGCAGGAGCUGGGUACAGCUCUCCCCCAGCCACUGCCACCACUCGCAUCACCUUUGCUGCAGAGGGGAGAAGAAAGGGAGAAGUUUCCUCCUGAGCCUCUGUGGGAUCAGCUUCUGACCUGCAGCACAAGUAGGUUACUCACAGAGCGUCUUUGCUUGCCCAGCUCCCAGUGCUCUUAAUGAGCACAAAGCUCCUUGGUCCUCUGGAAAAUAAAACCAGAGCUUUCCAUGUGUGUCUCAGCCUGCUACAGUAGCUAGUCCCAAGAAGGUCUAACUGCAAGCUACCUUUGGGAAAGGCUGUUGAAAAGUUACUGCUGUUCUUGCGCGCGUAUGGUGAUCAGGUGAAGGUAGCCACACUGCUCCACAAGAUUUUUAUCAUCAAAACAAAAGCCCUGGUCCUUUCUCCUUCCCCAUUUCUCUCUACAAGUAGUCCCGCAGAAUUAACAAUUGUGUGGGAAAGAGAGGAACUGAUAGCAAAACAGAUUAGCCAGUUUGACUGCAGCUCGUGAGAGGUAGGUUUGAGUAUGAGGUGCUGUCAGUAAGAGCUUUACCACUUCAUUUUUUUAACCAGCUUUUAAUUUUACCUUAGAAUAUGUAGAAACAUACCAUCUGACUUUAUAUUGCAAGAGUAAAAAAAUCUGUUACCUCUUCUUGUAUGAAGUGUAAUUAAACUUGAGAAAGAUUUUAUUUUGAAUGCUAGUUAACAUUGAACAUGGCUAGUCAUGCUAUUUCUACCUCACUUUGGUUUUGUGGUGUUCCUGACAAUUACCUACAGAUAAUGUUACAUCAUCACCACGUGUCCAUUGUGUGAUCAGGUCUCAUUGUUUUAAGUAAUGCCAACAAUGAUAAUAAUUGACAAAAAAGCGAUACAAUCCCCCCAAAAGCUCUUGUUUCCUAAUAAAAAGCAUUUCUAACACUUUAUUGUAAUACGAACCUUCAGUAUUUCUCAUGGUCUUUUUUAUCAGAAGGUUUAAAUGAGAUCUGAGAAAGAGAUGGAUUUUUUCUUUAUUUUCCACCUUUAUGUUAAACCUUCUCUUCAGCAAACAAAAGAUGGAGGAAAAAUGGAUUGCACGGUUGUUUUCAUCAGGGCUUUGUUUUGUUUGUUUUACUUUCUAGAUCUUAGUUUUGGAGUGAGUCUGUCAAAAAAUAUUUAAAAAGUUGAAAGCUUUAUUGCUGCUUUUUUAAGCAUAAUUUGGGAUUUAUUUCAUAUUCCUUAUAAUGACAAAGUAUUAAACUGUAAAACAUAAUCAGUGUAAUUGAAUACAUAAAUACCAUAUGGCAUGUUAUUUCAUUGUUAUUCAGUACUGGUUUAUUACUUGGAUAUCAUAAUAUAUUGUGUUUUAACACCAACACUGUAACAUUUACUAAUUAUUUUUAUAAACUUCUGUUAAACUGCAUUUUCCACAACAUAUCAAAUUUCACCAAAUAUAUGCCUUACUAUUGUAUUAUAUACUGCUUUACUGUGUAUAUCAAUAAAGCACGCAAUUAUGUUAUAAAA